CUUGGAGUCAGUUUUGUGACCGGCUCUCGGGCAGAACGGGCGACGGACGGACGCAACACUUGAGACAAUCGCACCGACGUCGACAUUCUGAGGGUGUUCAAACCUCCACGGGAAACUGCAUGAGACGCUUCGCAAGAGGAGGGGGGAAAAACCAGCAGAGAGAGGCGUGCUGAGAUAGAGGGAAGAUAUUAGUCAGCGUGAAAAAAAAAAAAGAAAAAGAGUGACUGACACCUGCCCUCCAGCUCAGUGUGAAGGGCACAGAAUGAGAGAGUGAGAGGAGGAGAAGGGAAGAGGGAAAACAGAAGAGAGAAUGAAGACAACCGGAAAACAAGGCCUGCCUCACAGCAAACCUCGUUCAAAUUAGGACAUCUCACCACAAGACAAGAUGAUUACAAGAAAUCUGCUCCUAUUGGUUUUCUUGUGCCUGUGGGAGGGGCUCGCAGGAGGUGCUUUGGCAAGUAAGAUUCCACGAAGGAGAGGAGUAGGAGGUUCGCACAUGGUGAAGCUAGGGGAAAGCAGACCUGCAGACCAAUGGGACGCAAGUGUGGAUGCUAACGUGGUGACUCUGAGAAACCUGGUCAGUCACGAGCAAGCGAGUGACACUGGGUCUUUGUCCUACUCCAAAAUAAUCCAGAAUCACGCUGCUUCAUCUGUAGCCAACAAGGAACGGCAACUUUUCAAACCUAAACGUGAGGUCGAUUCUGUCAACAAAAAAGAAGUUGCUCGCCACAUGUUAGCUAGUAACAGAGAGAUAAACCAGGAUAUGAAGAGACUUAGGAACAACACCAAGAAUGUUGAGACAGCAACUAAAUUGGGGAGACCAGAGAAAACAUAUACAAUCCACCACAAGUCAGAUCUACAUUCCAAUAAGACCAGGUUUAAAUCUGGUCCUCGGUCCAGGACCAGACCUGAUUUAGGCGUCCACACUACAGGUGUACCAGGAAAAGGAUUCAGCACAGACUCAAAUCGGAAACUCAACCUCACUGGCAGCUAUGGGGUUCUGAAGCUGCUGUCGAAAGAGAACCUAGUUAGGAUUGUCAAUUCCCAAAUGCAGAGUAUUCCCAGCCUGAGCUUUCAGAGCAAGGGCAGCCGGAGCAGGAAGAGAGACUUGAUUGACGUUAAUCAUGGACAGUUAGAGGCUCUCAAAGUGCAAAGACAAGAUAUGACUGUCACUCAGUCUCAUGCUGGAUUUGAUAAUCAGACUGCAUUUCCCUAUGUAAGCCCAGUCCCCACUCCAGAUCUUAAUCAAGGUCUGAGCACGGACGUACAUAUUAAUCCGCUAAGUGAAGUCAACCCAGCUUUAAGUAAAGGGCAGGACAACUUGAGGAUGCAGGGUUCAGAUAGUAGCGAUGGCAGGAGCAAACACCUUGUCAGUUUUUUGUCAACACCUCGGAGCGAAGUCAAUCUUAGCCCGGAGAAAGAAGUAAUGACGAGCCAGACCGAACCUCCGUUUACAUCAACAAAACAUUUCUCACAGUAUGUUCCCUCAGAAACAAAUGAUUCUCCAUUGUCUGUGCUGACAAUGCAACCCCUGGGAGUAAGACCAGGGAACAGAGCAGGAGAUUCCCGUAGAGACCUAUUAACAGAGUCAGUUCACUCUACUCAGACAGAGCUCAGCACAGCCCAGUACCCUGCAGAUGAAGACAACAAACUUGUCAACAGUAGUCAUGUCCUGAGGCUCCACCCAGCUCCCGAAUGGAGCCGUGAUGCCAAAGACACCAAGAUGCUGGCUGUAGAUCCGCAGCCAGAAAAUGGGAUGGGCCUCGUGUUUGAAGAAGCAGAAUCGGAGGUGGAUGAGGAGGAGGUGGUGCAGGAACCUGCAGAGGGAAGGGGCUCGCGUUCUCGUAGCAGGAGAAGCUGGAUCUGGAACCAGUUCUUUGUGAUUGAAGAAUAUGCCGGUCCUGAACCUGUGCUCAUCGGACGGCUCCACACCGACAUGGACAGGAAUGAUGGACGCACAAAGUAUGUGCUGCGAGGCGAGGGGGCUGGCUCUGUCUUUGUGAUAGACGAGAAGACGGGGAACAUCCACGUCACCAAGCCACUGGACCGUGAGGAGAAGGACGAGUACCGUCUCAUUGCCACGGCCACCGACAGACAGACGGACCGAGCCCUGGAGCCCUCGUCACAGUUCAUAAUUCGGGUGCAGGACAUCAACGACAAUCCACCUGUCUUUGAACAAGGCCCUUAUAUCGCCACCGUGCCUGAAAUGGAAAACAUAGGCACGUCUAUAAUCCAGGUGACAGCGACAGAUGCUGAUGACCCAACUUAUGGGAACAGCGCCAAGCUAGUGUACACACUGGUGCAGGGCCAGCACUAUUUCUCUGUUGAUCCCCAGACAGGUAUUCUGCGGACAGCUGUGCCCGACAUGGACAGAGAGACCCAGGACCAGUACCUAGUGGUGCUUCAGGCUAAGGAUAUGGGGGGUCACUUGGGAGGAUUAUCGGGGACAACAACUGUCACUGUGAGGCUCACUGAUGUCAACGACAGCCCUCCACGCUUCACCCAGAGUACGUGGUCUUUCUCCGUUUCUGAGCUGGCGAUCCCGGGCGCCGAAAUUGGACGCAUCUCGGCGACUGACGCGGACCUCGGUGAGAACGCCAGGCUCCUGUAUACCAUCCUGGAGGGGGAAUCUGGGGACACGUUCAACAUCACCGGAGUGAAUCAAGAAGCGGUCAUCACACUCAACAAGCCGGUCGACUACGAGAGCCGAAGCUCCUACUCCUUUUCCGUCGAGGUCCUCAACCCCAUCGUGGACCCCCGCUUCUUACGCCUGGGCCCCUUUAAGGACCGCGCCACCAUCAGAGUAGCAGUACUGGAUGCCGACGAGCCGCCGAGGUUUUCCCGCGCCCGAUACCACAUGGACGUGUCGGAGAACUGCCCGCCGGCCUGUACUGUGGGCCGGAUCAGUGCCAUAGACCCUGAUACUGGUCUGACAAAUAAUAUCAGGUUUUCCAUUGAUCCUCAGUCGGACUCUGAGGCUCUGUUUCGUAUCACCCCAGACACGGGCCUCAUCACCACCGCCAUGGAACUGGACCGGGAACGCGAGCAGUGGCAUAAUAUUACCGUCAUUGCCACCCAGAGAGACAAUCCUAGUCAAGUGUCGAGGGUUCUGGUUGCAAUAGAGACAUUAGACCUGAAUGACAAUGCACCUGAACUGGACAGGCAGUACACAACAGCCAUGUGUGACUCAUCGUCUGUUGGACAGGUGGUGCAGGUGUUGCGGGCGAUUGAUAAAGAUGAGGGAGGGAAUGACAGCACUGUGUAUUUCAGCAUCCCUCCGGAGUCCAGCACUGCCCUCAACUUCAGCGUCAGGGACAGUGGUGGCCCCACAGCCAGUCUGGUGCUGCUUUCCCAGCUGCAGCCGUUGUCCCGCUCCUCGUCCUCCACCCUGACACUCUACGUGCCGUUAGUCCUGAGGGAUGGGACGUCGGGGCUCACCAGUACCGGGACGGUCACAGUGUCCGUCUGUCCCUGCCUGAGAGGAGGGGCACGAGCCGGGGACAAAGAGAAGGACAAACAGACGGAGGGCGAGUGGGACUGGGAGAGAGAGGCAGUGUGUCUUCCUCAACAGUCCACGCUGCCUUCCCCUGGGCUCAGCACCGCCGCCCUGUUGGCCAUCCUGGCAUGUGUUGCCACAUUACUAGCUGUGAGUGCCCUGUCGUUGUCACUGCGUCGUCAAAAGCGUGACUCCCUGUCACCGCUAGAGGAGGACGACGUACGAGAGAACAUCAUAACAUAUGACGACGAGGGAGGCGGCGAGGCAGACACCGCCGCUUUUGACAUCGCGGCCCUCCAGAGCGCCCCACACAGCUCACGCUCACGUGGCUAUCGUACGCUGGAUAGUAGGAAUAUACGUUAUGCCCAUCGUGGCCAAGACAAAGGUCGUACCUACAGCUGGGCUCAGAAUCAGUGUGUGGAUCACAACUACUCAGCCCCUGGUGGACCCCUGUAUGGCCGCCUCUGUUACAGCAGCCACACGCUACCUGUUCUCCGGCGCACUCCAGGUGGGACCUUUGAGCCAGGCCUGGCAGAGAUCGGAUACCGCUUUCCUGGAGGCCAGCCAGACCACUCCCUGGUCAUCCAGAAUCAAGGGGCUAUGGUGGGCCCUAUGGAGUCUGGGGCCGUGUACAUCACCCCCACCGACCUCAGCACGGGAAGCCGAACAGGCAGUCGAGAUGGGACGGCUCCCCAGAGCAGGGUGAGCACGUCGGAUGGAGGAACACCAAGGACCAGCGACAGCCAGGAGAGAGGAGGAGGGACAGGAACUGCUAGUAACUGCACAGAGGGGAGCGGCGACGACAAGUUGAACCACGGGCAAGAUGUGGACUGGUACCACACCCUACCCCAACCCCAGACUGAAACCACUCGUGCUCGCCUACGUUCCCUCCAGGUGCAGUCGGAGACUUUACCCAGGGAGCAUAACCUCGUCCUGACGCGAUCCGGCUCCAUGAUUGGCCAGGGUCACGGCGCAGGAGGCUGGGUGUGUGACUCGGCUACACUCCCCAUGGCUGGACGUAGGGCCUCCCGUGCUGGAUUGUCGCCUAAACGCACAGGCUCUAGCCAGGCUGAGUCUGAAUCCAGCGGAGGAGGGGGAAAUGGAAAUGGCAGUGGGGGCACUUCCACAGACGGACAGCAGCAACCUGCCAGUGGACGUAACUAUGCCACUGUGUUGCAGGGGGAGGUGUCUGGACAGAGGGACUACCCUGGAACCCUGGGGAGGGGGGGACUAGAGAUGGGGAGCAACUUUGUGGUGGCAAAACCAGACAGAGAGGGUGGAGGAAUAUCACUGACCGGGACUCCAUCUGUCUACCCAGAAGGCUUUAUUGGUGACUGGCGUGAUCGGGUUGGUAUGGGGGGGUACGUUUUGGGCAGGAGGGAUAUGACCCCUCAGCUUUUGCCCUUCCCAGGUCAGCCUCGGGGGGCGUACGCUGGAGUGAUGGGCUUUGGGGCCGGCUGGGUUCCAGGAAUGGAAGCUAUGAGAGGAACACCUGGGCCCGGAGGUCCAUCGCUGGCGCUGAGAGUGGGCGAAUUCCUCCGUCUGCGGCUCGCCCAGGUCACUUUUGACCCCUCGCAGCCACCGUACGACUCGGUGCAGGUGUACGGGCUGGAAGGCACAGGGUCCCGGGCCGGAUCCCUCAGCUCACUGGAGAGCGAAGGGGAUAAGGAUGGAGAGAAGGAUGAUUGGGGAGCUGGGCUAGACGACUGGGGACCUCAGUUCCAGAAAUUAGCUCAACUCUUUAAAGAAAGGGAGAAAGAAAAAGAAGAGAAAGAUAAAGGUGAAGAGGGCACCAAAAAGGAUAAAGAAAGGGAGGAUCUGGAGAAGAAAGAGGGAGGGGAUCAGACAGGAGAAGAGGGGAAAGACUGAGGAAGGAUAAAAUGAAAACAAAUAGGGGCAAAGGGGGUAAGAGAGGAAGGGAGGAACAGGAGGAUGAUGAAAAGGCAACCAGAGCUAGAAUAAUGUGAAGAGAAGUUAAAGGAGAGAAAGAUGAAGAGGCAAAGUAAUAAAAAGAGACAGAGAAAAAUGAGCCUAGGGAGGAUGGAGAAUGUGAGGGCAGGGGAGGGAGUGAUUGAUGUAAUUUAAAGCAAUAAGUGUUGAAACGCUGAUAUGGUUGAGCACAGAUACUGAGACAAUGCAGAAGCUGCUUCUGCUCGGGGCAGCAACAAUUUGUUAAACGCUUUGGACAAAGAAAAACAACCCAAACAUCCAAGACUCGAUUUAAUUCAACUCUCACGUAUGGAAUGAGUAACAGCAGGAAACAAGAAGAGAGACGUUCCUCAUUGUGCGUCGGCCUGUCCUUUGUUUCUGCACGUGUGUCUGUGAGGUUGUGGGUUGUGUGAGCAAAAGUGCAUAUAUUAUGUCCGACUGGGUGUAUGUGUGAAUCUAUGUGUGUGUGUGUGUGUGUGUGUGUGUGUGUGUGUGUGUGUGUGUGUCAGUGUGUGUGUGUGUAUAUUCAACAAAAAGAUGGAAAGAAAGUGGAAGGGAGAGAAGCGUGUUAAAAGAUGAGACUGAUGAGUGAUUAUAUCUAAACUGGAACAUUAGUUUUCGGGAAAAUGUGCAAGAGUAAACAUUUAACAAAGCACUUAGACAACUAAGAUAACACCCUGAGAAUAAAAUAUAUAUUUGAGUAUAAAGGGAACAGGAAGCAGAAAGAUAUAUAGUGAAAGAAACAGUUGGGGAAGUAAGACCAUUGUACAGAAACUGCUACUUUUUAUUCCAUCUGCAGUGGCAGAAAAGUGAAUUAUUCAGCUCACUACUUCAUUCCAAAUGAAAAUGAUGAAUCAUUUAAAUCCUGCAAAAGAUUCUCCCCUCCUCUAAGCCCACAAGGAAAACAGACAUUGUGAAAAAUUAAAAUGAUUUAGGGAUGUGAUUCCCCUCCUCACCCCUCGCAUCCCCCCAGCAUUUUGUAGUUGAGUGUUGGUAUGUUUACAAAGAUACAGACACACGGACACAAAAGAACUUAUUAAAACCAUAAGGCUUUGAUUGUACUACAGAAAAUUAGAAAAGCUGAGACCAUCCGUAAGUAUUCCAUCUACUUUAUGGAGUAAUGAUGACUCUUUUAUUGAUAUAUAAAGUGUUUUUAUUAGGAAGUCUCCUGUUUUUUAUGCGUGGCUCUCUCGCAGUCUCACAAAGCAUGCAUGACUGUUUUUUGAGAAGAACAGGAGAAAAAAACGCUAAUACGGCAAUCAAUUCCCACUCUGGCCAAAUGAAAAUUUCCAUACAUUAGUAAUGAAAUUUUAAGGGGAACACUACCAUAGAGACUCCCGCGACAGAUGUUUUGUUCUUGUUAAAGGUCAAGAUGCAAAUGAGCUGAGUUGUCAGCUGGAAUGCACUUUUAUACUGUGUGAUGUUCAAUAAUAGAUAAUGAAUUAUGUCAGAGUACAGUUGUUUUAUAAGAUGUCAAUUAAACAAAAAAAUAAUAAUAACAUGUCUUACUGUAUGUAAAAGCAAACAAAUGUAAAUAUCACUGAAUAUUAUUGCUAACACAAAUACAAAAAGGAAAUGAACUUUAAAAAAAAAAAAAAAAAAACUACAAAAAAUAAAAUGUACAUGUCCAAAUGGAGCACUGUGGGGACUAUCUGUAUGUACUGUAGAUUAGAAAUGGAUUAACUGAGCCUCCUGGACUACAACACCUUGUAUCCAACAUCUGUGUACUAAGUGAACAGGUUUGGGUUUGUUUAUGUGGUAGCUUCUGUCUGUCAAAUGGACAAGCCAAGGUUUCAAUUAUACAUGUGGCCUCUGGCAGAAGUUUGCUGUGCAAAAUAUUAGUUACAGGAAGCCUCAGAGCUAGGCUGUCCUAGCGAGGAACCAAUUUGAUGAAAACCACUGGAGUGAGGAGAAAUUCCCUUAAUAGGGCUGCAACAACAACAAAAAAUCUGUGUUUUCCCUAAAAUCUGGGUUAUUAUUCUGAGAAAGUAUGAUAAACUGAAAUUGGUUCUGAGUUUAUGUCAUUAGUUUUGCACUGCCUGAAACAUAUGAAACAUGUUUUAUAGAUGGUUUAUUAUCAUAGAAAUAUACAAUACACAUUUAAGAGUACGAUUUUUAAUGUUCUAAAUCUAAAUCUAAAAUUUAUUCUUUUAGUACAGGAGCAUGACUGUUAAUAGAAUAUUGUCUUUCAUGCAUUUCAGGCAGUGCAUCUCGGUGAGUAGAUUAAUAGCUGCUUGACAUGAACAAUAUAGAUGUGAAAUCUAAUUCUGUCAAACAAAAAAAGAAUUAUCUUGGAAAACUGAGUUCAGAGAUGAGAAAGGAAUUUUGCCUCAUACCCUAAAUGAAUGUGGGGAUCUUUGGUGUGCAGAAAUAUCACAGUUUAUCACUGGUUCACUGUAAAGCCACCCACAUAAGCUACCAGCUUUGCUAGUGUCCACCACUUUGGUCCAACAUAAUCUUGUUGUCAAGGUCUGCUAAUGUCAAUACCUAGUUAACCAAUCAGGAAGUCAGACUACUCACUGACCCGUAUAAAACCCAUACAAACCUCUGUAUCCUUUACCUGAGCCACAGACUGGUCCAUACAGCACAGGCUGAAUGGGAUUAGGACCAAUGUACAAAUACUGCACAAUAACUGGAGAAGAAUGGGGGGUGCACAACCUCGGGGGAGCCAAUUACAGUUAAUUUAAGUCAAUCCCAACCUACAGAUUCUUUAAUUUGACAGCAGUAUUGUAAAAUGCAAUUUAAAACAGCAUAUGGUGACAAAGGCAUAAAGCCUAUAAGAGACUGCAGAGUUCCAACUGCCAACCCUUAUAAAGAAUAAUUCUGGCUCAGUACAUCACAAGUUUUUUCUUGACUUCUGCUGUUAUUGAGUGAAAGGAACAGUUUGCAUGCGAAGCUGCUCGGGUGUAAAAGUGAAGUGUUAAAAGUAUCCCUCUGGUGCUCUUCAGUUUGGGGAUCUUAUGAGUUGAAAACCCUUCUGAGUGCCUCAGAUUUUCUCAACAACAAGCUGUUUCGAGUGCCUCAGAUUUCUUCAGCAACAUCCAACUAUUUUAUCUGCAGUGUCAGUUACUAUAAAGUUGCACUCAGUGAAUGAAUUGCUGAGAUUUAGGACUGUCCAACAUUAUUAAACGGUCUAGUCAGGCUAGAAAACAGAAGCGAGGUGUACGAGUGAAAACGGAGGCGACGCUGUAAACAGCCAUCACAGUUUACAGACUGGGAGGCGUUUUACACAUGAAGUUACAGCACACACACAGCGUCCCUUUACGAUUACUUUGGUGAGUGUACUGUGAUCAUAUGUGACAGAUGCAGCAGUCAAGAGAAAACUUAAGUUGUUAUUAACCAGAAUUAUCAAUUAUAUGUCUUAGAGUUAGAGGUCAAAUAAUUAAGAAGCUGCAUUUCUGUUGUGAAUGAGCACUUACUUGUUGGUGUACCUAAAAUGACUGCCAACUAUUAUGUUUGAGAAAAAGUAUUGUUAAGAGCACUGCUUUGCCAGUGCAUCAUCUGGGAAAUGUUUCCCCCAGCAAUUAUGUGCCAACUGUCUGAGUCUCUCCUUCUCAGCACACACAAAAAAAAACCUCCUCAUUUUCCAGCAUUGCCAAUCCUCAGGCAGCCAUCGCAAAAGCAAUUAGCAUGGUAUACCAAUAAGUGACCUUUGUGCUAUUCUAAUUAUAUGGUUUAUCCCACAGUCUUGAUUGGCUCCAGGUGUUUCAUUUCAGCUGUUUGGUCUAAUUCAAAGUUCUACCUUGGCUGAUUGGUCAAAAUCAAAGCGAUGAUUCUCCUGAUUUCAGAGUUCUGGAGUGCUUCGCUGACUAAACCACUCGACGGAGCUGAUUAUCCCACCUCCUGAGCCCAGCAAAUUGGUUCAAUCAAAAGCUUGAUUAGUUGAAUCAGUUGUUUUAAAUAGAAUAAAAGCCUGCAGUCUCUGCAGCGCUCCACACAGCUCCUUCUUUACUUAUUUGGCUUGCAUAGAUUCACCAACUGUCAGUGACAGAUGAAAAUUGUCUUGUCAGGCUAUUUUUCAAAUGCCUUGUCAGAGAAGGCUUGUUGUACUGAGGAUAUUGAAGUUGAGCUCAAAGCGUGAGAACAACCUCCUGGUAUCUAGACCGUAUGUAGCUAACAGUCGAAGGAUAAAGGCUGUGGUCUUUGGCCUCUUCUUGACCCCAGGUAGACCCCAUUGGUUUUGCACCCCCCCCCCCCCCCCCCCUCCCCCAGGGACUUCAUUGCUCCUGCACGAUGUUGAUACAACUCCACAACUGCGUGGUGAACAAAGUGUAUUUAUUUCUGUUGUACUUUUUCUUUUUGUAAAUUUGAAUAAAAAAGCAUCUAUUUCAAAGAGA